AUGGCGAGUGUAUGCACAGCGCUAUGGUGCAACGUAUUUGCAGUGCCGCGAUCCCGUUCCGAAGACCCUGUUCUUCACACCGCUCGUAAUAAGAAAGAUCGUAUAAAAAGAAAAAUAUUGUAUAACGAUAUACAUGUAGGUGAUAGUGGUUUGAAAAUGAUUCAUACAGAAACUAUUUGUCAGGCACUGAAAAUAGCUUGGGUCAAAAGAAUUUUAGACAAAGAAAACGAAGGUAACUGGAAGAUGUUAUUUUAUAUAAAUAUGAAUAAGAUAGGCGGUGAUUAUAUUUUACAAUGUAACUUUACAGGUAAAGAUUUGGAUAAACACUUGAAUAAUUUUUGGAAAGAUGUUUUAACUUCAUGGUCUCAUUACAGAUACUUCAACCCAGUUAAAUAUAAAGAUAUUUUUAAUCAAUCAUUGUGGAAUAAUUCUUAUAUUAAAAUAGACGGUAAAACGAUAUUUUUUGAACAAUGGUUUGAAGCAGGUAUUUUAUAUGUAAAAGAUAUUAUAAAGAACAAUGGACUAUUUAAAACUUUUCAUGAACUUCAAGACGACUUCAAUCUGCCUAAAAGAUGUUAUUUGGAAUAUUUUUCAUUGAUUUCUUGUUUUAGAAAAGAAUGGAAAAAUACUUUAAGAUCAAGUGUUACAAAUGAUGAAUCUGACGAUGUAAAUAGUUUAAAGAGAUUUAUAAGUUAUAAGAAGGUAACUAAAUCCUGCUAUUUAACGCUUAUAAAAAAACAUUGUUUAGAUAUAUCAGAUACCAACCAGUGUGAAAAAUGGUCGAAUGAUUUAAAUGUAGAUCUAAGUCUUCUGAUCCAAUGGCAAAAUAGAUUUUUGACUACUAACUGGGUUACUUUGGAUUCAAAAAUCAGAAUGUUCCAGUAUAAGUUUAUUCACCGUCGUAUAUCAACUAAUGAGUAUUUAUUUAAGAUAGGUGUGAAGAAUUCACCAUUGUGUAAUUUUUGUAAAACUGAACCACAAACGUUGAUACACUUAUUCUGUUUAUGCCCUAUUGUUUCUAAGUUUUGGACGGAGGUAAAUACUUGGUUGAAUUUCCACAAUAUUAGUUAUCACAAAUUUUCAAAUAUUGACAUAUGUUUUGGUGUUCCAAGUAAGUUUCAACAUCUCUCAAACACAAUAAUUUUAUUUGCAAAAUACUUCAUUUUCAGAACAAAAUGUCAAGAAAGACAACUUUCGUUAGCUAUAUUCAUAAAUGAGUUGAAAUUUGUUGAAAAUGUUGAAAAGUUAAUUGCUUUCAAAAAGGGCAAGGAGAUGCUACAUUAUAAACAAGACCACAAAUUUUUCCAGGAUUUUCCAUGA